UGAGAUUAUCACUUUAUACUGAAAAUAUGGCAGUUUGGUUUAACCUCCUACUUAGUUACUUAUUCUAAACUAGAUAAUUUACUUCUUAAAAAGUAGAGUUAUUAGGAAGAAGUUCAUUUUAAACCAAACAAGGUCUGAGAAAGUUAUUUCCUAAGAAAUGAAGUAGCUUUCUUGACUUGUACAGAAGUUGAGAUAGAAAGUCAACCAACAAGUUGAAUUUUUCAACUAACUUCCCAAAAACUUAAGGUUACUAAGUAAACUUACCCCCACCAAAAACUAUGCAUUUCUAGGGACAUUGCCCAACAAAGAAGGCUUGUGGUUCAUAAACUUCUACAUAAACCCAGGAAUCUCAGAUUUUGAUAUUACAAUAAAGGCAUAUGCAUUCUUUUUUCUCCACUAGUAAUUCUACGCUGUAGAAGGGGCAUGCAAAUGUGACAUGCAGAUAUACACACUAAAUGCUAAAAAGAAACCUUCAGGUUGCAACUUAGGACCACACAUUGAUAUAUUGGUCCAGUGCUCAAACACGUGGUUGAAAAUUGAUAGAUCAGGGCCAACAUUCUCUUCUUUAACAAUCUGAGUGAUCCCUAUCAUAUAUUUUGAAGCAGUUAUUUCUGGUUACAGUGACUGAUAAUGCUCACCUCACCAGCUCACCUAACACCAGUCCCAUUCCAGCCACAUACUAGUUUCUCACAUUUAUUACUUAGUCCCCACUUUUCCCAUUUCAUUCUCUCCACUUUUCCCAUUUCAUUCUCUCUUCCUUCAUCAUCUAAUAAGGAAUUUUGCUACUUGCUUUUCUGCAGCUACACAGUCGCCAUGAAGAAAUCUCUUCCAGUGGCUCGACCGCACAGCUCUGAGAGUGAUUCCGACAUCGAUCAACUUUACGACCAAAGCAUCAUAGUUCCCACCAAAGUCAUUGCUAUGGCUGAUAGCUUUCAAAAGAAGGAACACUCAUGGUUUGUUACUUCCCCAAUUCCAACAGAUCUAUCAAUCCAAGUUCAAGACAUCACUUUUACUGUCCACAAGUAUCCUUUGGUAUCAAAAUGUGGCUACAUAGGCCGUCUAGAACUUCAGCCUUCCAUCUCAAAUUUUGGCUAUGAACUUAAGCUUGAAAACUUCCCAGGUGGAUCAGAAACAUUCGAAGUCAUUCUAAAGUUUUGCUAUGGCCUUCCAAUAGACUUAAACCCUCACAACAUAGCAGCACUAAGAUGUGCAUCAGAAUUCCUAGAGAUGAGUGAAGAACUUGAAGAUGGAAACCUCAUCUCAAAGACUGAAGCUUUCCUCACAUUUGUCGUCCUUUCCUCAUGGAAAGAUAGCAUCACUGUUCUUAAAUCUUGUGAAGCUUUAUCUCCAUGGGCAGAAAAUCUACAAAUUGUUAGAAGAUGUUGCGACUCAAUUGCAUGGAAGGCUUCUAGAAACAAUUCAUCAAUCGCGGAUGUAGUUAAUGAAGAAGGAUGGUGGUUUGAUGAUGUGGCCACCCUUAGGAUUGAUCAUUUCAUGAGGAUUAUAACUGCAAUAAGAGCAAAAGGAACAACACCAGAAAUCACAGGUAAGUGCAUAAUGCACUAUGCAACAAGAUGGUUGCCAGGCGUGGAUGUGGAAUUAGAAGGACUAAGAGGCUAUGGGUAUGGAAAGAACGAGUUGCAGUUCAGCAUCUUGAGUGGGAGGAAUGAAGAUGAGGGCGUUGGACACAGCAAGCAGCAAAAAACCAUUAUUGAAAGCCUAGUAAGCCUACUUCCUCCUCAACAAGAAGCUGUCCCAUGUAAGUUCUUGUCGAAGAUGUUAAAGAUGGCCAUCGUGUAUUCAGCAUCAUCAGCUUUAAUUGCAGAGCUAGAAAAGAGAGUGGGGCUGACACUGGAGAAUGCCAGUGUGAAUGAUCUUUUGAUUCCCAAUUAUAAAACUGAAGAUCAAGGGAAAAUGAUUAAACAACAAGAACAUCGCACAAUGUACAACAUAGAUGUGGUACAACGAAUUGUGGAAUACUUUUUGAUGCAUGAACAUGAGCAGCAGCAACUGCAACCAAUGUCAGGGAAAUCAAAUGUUAGUAAGCUCAUGGAUAGUUACCUAUCUGAGAUUGCAAGGGACCCAAAUCUUUCAAUUACCAAAUUUCAAGUUUUAGCAGAAGCACUACCAGAAAAUGCCCGAACAUGUGAUGAUGGUCUUUAUAGAGCCAUUGAUACCUAUCUGAAGACUCAUCCUUCACUCUCUGAGCUCGACCGGAAAAAGAUAUGCAAAGUUAUGAACUGUGAGAAAUUAUCACUUGAUGCGUGCAUGCAUGCUGCACAAAAUGAAAGAUUGCCUCUAAGAACUGUGAUACAGGUAUUGUUCUCAGAGCAAGUAAAGAUGAGGGCAGCAAUGAGAGGAAAAGAGCUGGCAGCAAUUGGCAAUAACUCAGAACAAGAGGUGACCCAAACACCAACAGAAAUAGAUAUCGUGACCCUGAAAGCAGAACUUGAGAAUGUAAAGGAAAAGAUGGCAGAACUGCAAAGAGACUACUCUGAGCUGCAACAUGAAUAUGCAAUGCUAAACAACAACCAUAAAAAUUUGUCUGGCUGGAUUCUCAGUUGGAAAAAGAUCAGGAAAUCAGCUCUUUUCAAUAGAAAAGUAGAUGGGGAUGAAUCCAGUGAAGAACAGCAGAGAUCUAAACCACUGGCCCACAAAGGCAAAUUCAGAAGAAGACAAUCUGUAUCAUAGUUUUAUAAUAAUAAAAUAUAAACAAAUAAGAAAUAUAAAUAAAGUAUCAAUUGUGAUCAAGUUCA